GCGCUGCUGGACGGACGGAGGGGAAAUGUGAGAGUGGAGUACAGCGGUGCACUCUGAAACCUUCCAAACCUCUUCAAAAUCGGAAGUACAUUUUGGCACCAUCUUUUUUCUCCCCCCGGAUUACCCAUACAUAUUUUCCCCUUCUUUUCUGACACCGCUCGACCGAGCCUCGGAGUCUUUUUCGUGUGUGAUUUUAGUGAGUUAAAUCUUUGUCGCCUUUGCUUCGGACGCGCAGAGCAGGAGUCCCAGUCGCUUCCACUCACACACAGAAAGAGAGAGAGCACGGGAGAUGUGGACGGCGACCAACGGGGCGGUUUUUGACGAUUGGACGCCAUAAAGUACGCAUACGGCGGUGGCCCUGGUUAUUUUUUACAAGUUAUCUUCGUUAUUUUGACACGGUGGAUGCGAGUGGACGUUUGAGACGCGAAAGCAGAGCUAAAAGGGUUCGGGGAGGGAGCAGAGCUCGAACAGCAGGGGUUUUGGUGUCCGGGGCUUUUGUUUUGCCCCCAGCGGCAAGUUUAGGCUGUUGGUGUCCGGCUCAUGUGCUGAUCACGGUGUCUGAGAGCCUCCUCAACACAGAGACCAGCGAGAUCUCUCCUGCUGAAUAAAGGAUACAGUUCAAGAUGUAUCCACAAGGCCGGCAUCCGGCGCCCCACCAGCCUGGUCAGCCUGGCUUCAAAUUCACAGUGGCGGAGUCCUGUGACAGGAUCAAAGACGAAUUUCAGUUCCUGCAAGCGCAGUAUCACAGUCUUAAGGUGGAGUAUGACAAACUGGCCAACGAGAAGACUGAAAUGCAGCGCCACUAUGUCAUGUACUAUGAGAUGUCCUAUGGGCUGAACAUCGAAAUGCACAAACAGACCGAGAUUGCUAAAAGGCUUAAUGCAAUUCUAGCUCAGAUCAUGCCUUUUCUGUCACAAGAGCACCAACAGCAGGUUGCGCAGGCUGUUGAGCGUGCCAAGCAAGUGACAAUGACAGAGCUGAAUGCCAUCAUCGGGCAGCAGCAGCUCCAGGCCCAACACCUAUCUCACGCAGCUCAUGGCCCUGUGGCUCUGCCCCCACACCCCUCGGGCCUGCAGCCCCCAGGCAUCCCACCAGUUACAGGCUCUGGUUCGGGCCUCCUGGCACUAGGCGCUCUGGGCAGCCAGCCUCACUUGUCUGUGAAAGAUGAGAAGAACCACCACGAUCUGGAGCACAGAGAGAGUACGAACAACUCCAUCUCUCCAUCUGAUAGCCUGCGUACCUCCAGUGAGAAGCAUCGCGGCUCCUCAGAUUACAGCCUGGACUCUAAGAAGCGCAAAAUGGAAGAGAAGGACAACAUGAGCAGAUAUGACAGCGAUGGAGACAAAAGUGAUGACCUUGUGGUCGACGUUUCUAAUGAGGACCCUGCCACACCCCGAGCAAGUCCAGCUCACUCCCCACCAGAGAAUGGCAUAGACAAGCCCCGCCCUCCGAAGAAGGACACACCCAACAGCCCUGCAUCUGUGGCCUCCUCUGGCAGCACACCUUCCUCCAAAACCAAGGAGCACAGCCAUAAUGACAAAUCCUCGACGCCUGGUCUCAAGUCCAACACCCCCACUCCACGUAACGAUGCCCCUACCCCUGGCACUAGCAGCACGCCGGGGCUGCGGCCCUACCUGGGCAAGCCCCCCAUGGAGGCUCUGGCUGCUCCUGCACUGCGCACACCCCUUUCCUACCCGACGCCUUUUGCCAUGAUGGGCCACCAUGAGAUGAACGGCUCACUGACCAGUCCUGGCGUCUAUGCUGGCUUGCACAUCUCGCCUCAGAUGACCGCGGCUGCUGCUGCCGCCUACGGCCGCACGCCCAUUGCCGGCUUUGAGCAUCCUCAUAUGAGAGCCCCAGGCCUCCCUGCUAGCCUCACCUCCAUCUCUGGGGGAAAGCCGGCCUAUUCCUUUCACGUCAGUGCUGAUGGGCAGAUGCAGCCUGUCCCCUUCCCUCCAGAUGCUCUGAUUGGCCCCGGAAUCCCACGCCACGCCCGGCAGAUCAACACUCUGAGCCAUGGUGAGGUGGUGUGCGCUGUUACCAUCAGCAACCCUACACGACACGUCUACACUGGUGGCAAGGGCUGUGUCAAAAUCUGGGACAUCAGCCAGCCUGGCAGCAAAAGCCCUGUGUCCCAGCUCGACUGCCUGAACCGGGAUAACUACAUUCGUUCCUGCAAACUGUUGCCCGAUGGACGCACUCUGAUCGUGGGUGGUGAAGCCAGCACUCUGACCAUCUGGGACCUGGCCUCGCAGACACCUCGCAUCAAGGCUGAGCUGACCUCUUCAGCCCCAGCCUGCUACGCUCUGGCCAUAAGCCCUGAUGCCAAGGUCUGCUUCUCCUGCUGCAGUGAUGGCAACAUCGCUGUCUGGGACCUCCACAACCAGACUCUUGUCAGGCAGUUCCAAGGCCACACAGACGGUGCCAGCUGCAUCGACAUCUCACACGAUGGUACUAAGCUAUGGACAGGAGGCCUGGACAACACUGUGCGUUCGUGGGACCUGAGAGAGGGCCGGCAGUUGCAGCAGCAUGACUUCACCUCACAGAUUUUCUCGCUGGGCUACUGCCCAACGGGCGAGUGGCUGGCUGUGGGCAUGGAGAGCAGCAAUGUAGAGGUGCUCCAUCAUACGAAGCCUGACAAGUACCAGCUCCACCUGCACGAGAGCUGUGUGCUCUCACUCAAGUUCGCCUACUGUGGUAAAUGGUUCGUGAGCACUGGGAAGGACAAUCUGUUGAACGCAUGGAGGACUCCCUACGGCGCCAGCAUAUUCCAGUCAAAGGAAUCAUCCUCAGUCCUGAGCUGCGACAUCUCAGCAGAUGACAAGUACAUCGUCACCGGCUCUGGCGACAAGAAGGCCACAGUGUAUGAAGUGAUCUACUAGAAAGAGAGGUAACUGAGUAGAGAAGCUCAGGCCGUGUAGAGUGAGACCGGAGCGUUUGGGGUGCCGCCCUCCUCCUCACUCCAACGACUCUUCUAGUCAGACAGACAGGACAGCACCUGUCUGCCUGACUGUCUGUCAGUCUCAUCCCCCAUCACCCAAUCAUGGACAGCCUGACUGACAAAAGCCUGGAUUAGUCAUGUAUGGGCUGGAAUGAACUGGACUGGGGUGGACUGGACUGGACUGGACAGCCUUCAGCCACUAAUGCUUCUUACGUGCUCAUCUCUCCCUCAACCACCACACCCAGCGCAAGUCAAAUGGCACUAGAGAAGAGAAUACCUUUUAAAAAGUACAGUGAGAAUGUUCCAUACUGCAGCGUGAAGCGGCGCUUCGUUCUGAAACUUUAUCCAUUUGGAGGUUCUGUGAAAAGUGUACAUAAUGGAGUAUUAAAAGGCCUUUUAUAGAUUUAUAUUUUGGUGUCCAGUUACAUUUGUGAUGGUUCUUUCUCUCUCCCCACCCCCUUCCUCUCCUUGAUGCUUUGUUUUUCCGCUGGGGCUUGGAAAUUAGAUUAGGACU